ACGCUGAACAGUGCUGUUGAAGCCCUAAAGGAACUAUUAGUAAAGGAGAGGCAAGAGAGGAUCACCUUAGAGUAUCAAAUCCGAGAAGACGUUUGUAAUGAGAUGAUGGAGGAAAUGCAGAACAGAGAGAAGCAAUUUAGUGAGCGUCUUGAGGCAGAAAAAGACAUUCUGGAAGAAAAAUACGAACGUAAAUUAGAAAAUCUGAAGGAGUAUUUGACUAAGUACUACCAGCAGGAGAUUCAGGAAAGGGAUGAGAGGCUCGAGUUGCUUGAGGCAUUAGCACCAGAGAUUCAAACUGAGAGGAUCAGCAGGACAAGAAAGCAGGUCAGCACUGCCCCCACAGACAGUGCUCUUCGCAGGUCCGAGCGUUUGGCUGCAAAUCAGAUCGAAUUAAAGCAAAUGAAAGAAAGCUUGCAGCAAGCAAAAGAUAAUGCAGAAACCUACAAAAAAGAACUGGAGAAGGUUACAGAGGAGGUGAAAAGGUUACAGAAUCUGGUGGAGCCACAUCCUUCAACCAAGUCUUUUACAGUGGACGUGGACAAAAAACUGCAAGAAGGACAAAAGUAUCAGACAUUGUCUGAGCUGCAGAACAAUAUGACUUUGGUGAAGCUAGAUCUAAAGAAAAAAAACGCUUGCAUUGCUGAGCAGUACCAAACUGUAAACAGACUACAGAACAAUCCAUCAUCUUGCAAGAAACGUGUUUGCGCUAAUAUGGAAAACAUAGUGCCUGUGCACCUAACUGAAAAAAGACCUUUUUUAAGAAGCUUCCUAUCCAGAACACCAAGCCAUGAACCACUAGGAGCUGGCACACCCAGCUCUCAAAUUCUACGAACACAGAAGUCCCCUGCAUCACUCGGAUCUUCAGAAGUAGGCCAAAAUUCUGAACACUGAUUUUUGCAAGACUCCUUAUUGGCAGAAUGUUUUUUUUUUUUCUUUUUAAUGUGAGAUGCUUGGUUGUUAAAGGUGAAAGAUGGAAUUCUGCCUUCUCCUGGUUUGAUCAGAAGUGCCUGUUAGCAUUCAUCGGUUUUCUAAAUUUAAAAUCUGGAACCUUUCAGAAUCCACUUGUUUGUGUUUAUGGUGCUUUGUUUUAAUCCUGUACAAAUAUACAACAAAAAUGUACCAUUUGCCUCUGCCAUUUUUAGUGAUGCUACCUUUCUAAUUUUGCUGGAAGGUGAUUUCUGUUCAGUGCUGCUGAAUUUUAAUUAUGUAUCAGAUCAGCCAAAGAUGUAACUUGAAUGCUAUACAUAGAAAUGCACACAUUUAAGUCUGGAGGGAUAAUCGAUUACAGUGUUCUUAUUUGCAUCUUGCAGCUACUGUUAAUCUAGGAUGAACAACCUUGUUUCAGAACUACAUGUGUUAUACCCCUGGAAUGUAUGCUUGUACAGAAAGCUGUGGAAUCUCAGUGGGAUCUUUGCUGAGGCAUUUUUCUCUUGCUGGGCAAAAUUCAAAGUGUACUUCAAAGGCAGGUUUUAUGGAAAAAGGCUUUUUUUUCCAAGACAGAUGAUGUUUGUUGUAAUUAGCUGUUUCUGUCUGUUGCAAUUCUACCUAACGGUACAUUUAACUCCGCCAUACAGCUGUGUGCAUCUAUAAAGAUGAGCUUUCAUAUC